AUGAAAGACUUAGGCCCUUUACAUUACUUCUUAGGUAUUGAGGCUACAUUUGAUUCAAAGGCUAAGAAGAUGCUAUUAGCUCAGAAUAAGUACUCUCUUGAACUCUUAAAGAAACAUGACAUGCUUGGUUGUAAACCCUGUAAAACUCCAGUUCCUCAGGUCCAAAGAGUAUCAGUUUUUGAUGGUACUGCUUUAUCUGAUGAUUCUUCUUAUAGAAGUUUGGUGGGUGGUCUUCAAUACUUAACCCUCACAAGACCUGACAUCAGCUUUGAUGUCAAUUAUGUCAGCCAAUUCUUGCAUUGUCCCACAUAUGUUCAUCUUCAGCUUGCCAAACGCAUAUUACGCUAUAUUAAAGGUUCUCUUGGUCAAGGCCUCACAUUCAGUGCUGGAAACUGUUCAAAUUUACAGGCUUUUAGUGACAGUGAUUGGGCAAUUGUCCCGAUACUAGAAAGUCUACAUCUGGUUACUGUGUCUUUAUAG